UUAAAUAUUGCGUUAUUGAGUAGCGUUUGAAAUCAUUGUUCAAAGGAAAUAUUAUGAAAGGUAAUUAAAGAGCGAAAAGAACAACCUAUUUAAUAACAAAGUAGCCAAGCAACUCUAACAGUAGACGUAAAAAUGGUUUUCAAAUAAUAUGACGCUUGCGCAGUUCGGACACAUGCGCCAAGGAAAGUCGCAUUAUCAAAAUCACCAUGGAGAGCCGCUUUUGUUUAUUUACUGUCCAGACAUUCGCACACUUGGUCCUCGGAUACCUUAAGUUUCGUUUCAUUAGAAAUUAUAUAUUUAUAUGAAUUAGGUGUGUUUUUAUAGUAAUAAUUGCAUUGGAUUACAUUGCAGGCUUAUUUAAGAUUGUAUGCAAACAUGAAGCCAUCAAAUCGAAAGAAAAAGGUUUAGUGUUUAAUGUUGUCCUACUUCUAGAACUUUCAAUGUGAAAAGAGUCGAGAUGCAUUCAUUUUCAAGAAUUAUUCAAAGUGACUGCCUGAUAAUAUUUUUCUUUAUUUGUACAUAUGUAAUCUAUUCAACUUCGCAAGAAACGAGAAUCUUCACAGCAGGGGAAUGGGACGGAACGUCAGAUGAAAAUGUUUAUCUGUCACUCAGUGGCAGAAAUUUCAAUGAUGAUCCGAGAUAUCUAGUGAUAGCUUCAAAUAUUGUCCGGCCAGGUCAAGUGUAUCGCGUGUGUGUAUCUAUAUUAUCCUCAUCAAAUCCUCUCAUUGUAAGAGCUUCACUUCACCGUGAUGGUGAACAAAUUGUAUCCGCGACUGAAACAGUCAAUCCACAACAUGUUUCUACUUUACUUAUGCAAGUUCCUUUUAAUGCAAUUCCUGGUGCUUAUUUGUUCAAAGUUGAAGGUCAUUUAGAGGGAGAUCUUGGAGGCUCUGGAUUUAGUAAUGAGACAUUAGUAGAUUUUUCCGAAAGAUUCCUCACAAUUCUAAUUCAAACAAAUCAGCUGGUUUAUAAUUUGGAACAAAUGAUGUACAUAAGGAUAAUAUUGCUAACAACCGAGUUGAAGCCAUUUACUGAACCAAUUGAUGUUUACAUUGUCGAUUCUAGAGGAGUCAUUAUGAAACGAUGGGUUUCCAUUUACCCACUCUUAGGUGUGGUUAAUUUAGAAUUUGAAUUACCCUAUGAUUACCCUGAAGGAUGGUGGACAAUAAAAGCUGUUGCUCUUGGACAAACAGAGGAAACUCGUGUGUUAUUAGAACGAUGGUUUAGUCAUAGGUUUGAUGUAAAUGUUGGAACGGAUGCGUUUGUCUUAAAUUCUGAUGAAUACAUUGAAGGGCAAAUAUUAGCAAAUUACACUAGUGUUGCUACAGUAACAGGAAAUAUUACUCUCCGAACAUAUUUGAGACCUUUGGGAAGAUACCGUGAUUUAGGAUUGAAUUUUAAGGAUCGAUAUGUGGAAGAAUAUGUAGAUCUUUUUCAUGGCACUUAUGAUUUUAGUAUCUCAAUGGCUCAACUUAGAGACAUGGCAAUGCCUGUGCCUUUGGAACACUGCGAAAUUGAAAUACAAGCUGAUGUUUACGAGCGAUUUUACGAUUUUAAGGUUUCUGCAUACGGCCGUCUUCGAGUAGUUAAUUCCAGCGUCAGUUUAAGAUUUCUUGGAGUUAAUCCCCAAGUAUUUAAACCUGGAAUGCCAUUUAAAACUCACUUAGCUAUAUCAUACAAUGAUCUGGUGCCUUUUCCCGAAGAUAAAUUAGAAACAGCCAGAGUUGUGGUUAAUCCAAUAGUGAUCACCCGUAAUGGUAGACGAGAAUUGAAUCAACAAAUUUUAUCCUUCAAUAGUGAUGGUGUUGUUGAAGUAGCUAUUGAUACUCCAAAAAAUUCUGAAAGGAUUAUAAUAAGAGCUUAUUAUGAAGAUGACCUGGAAGUUGGUAGUCGCGCACGAACAGAAUUAACAGUUUUGGCUAUGCACAGUCGAAAAGAUAGGUACUUACAAAUUUCAACAAGCACAAAACAAGCAAAAGCUGGUGAAUAUGCAGUUUUGCAUGUAUGGUCAAACUUUUACUUGAAAUCUUUUCAUUAUUUGGUUGUGGCCAAAGGAAUCAUCGUUCAAACUGGAACAGAGAAAGUUAUGGGAAUGUUGCACAGUAUAACAACAUUUUCCGUACCCGUAUCUCCAGAGAUGGCUCCAGUAUUUCAUGUAGUGGUUUACCAUAUUACUGCUGAUGGAGAAGUUUUAACAGAUAGCGUUAUAAUACCUAUAGACGCUUUGAAUAAACAUGACUUUAAGCUGGUUGUCAAUAUGAAGCAAGAAAGAUCUGGAAACUAUAUUGAGUUGAUACCAUUUUUAACGUCAGAAUCCAACAUUGGAAUCUGGGGAUUUGACAGCGAUCACGUAUCUACUCAUGGACGCCAACAACUAACUGUGACCUCAAUCAAUGAAGCCAUGUAUGAAUUUGAACCUGAUCAUUUGAAAUUUCAUCGUGCUUUUUGGCGUAAUAGAGACGGUUCUCCUGAAAAAAUAUCAUAUUAUACAACGCAUAAUAGUGCAAGAGAUACUAAAAAUUCUUUUGAGAACUCCAACUUGCUUGUUUUCACUAAUUUAAUCGUUAGUUAUUUGCCAUAUUUUUGCAAUACAUCUACAGAUUUAAGUUCCUGCAAGUCGGGACAAUGUUAUCCAACCAACAAAAAAUGCGAUGGAAUUAGAGAUUGUGAAGAUGGAACUGAUGAAGGAAGCUGUUUCCAAAUGCAGCUGAAUGAAGAUAAGGAUUUGUUUGAGUUUUAUCUAUAUCGACGAAAUAGACAAGGCGCAUUUUAUGAUGCUACAGCAGGGAAUUUUGCAUGGAAGAACAAAAUUAUUGGAGAAGAUCAAGAAGAAUAUAUAGGAACGACGGCUCCAAAAGGUCCUUCCGCUUAUGCUUUAAACGCUGUUGGAAUGAACAAAAUGUAUGGACUUCACAUUUUACCCGAAUCAAUAAUUUUUGAUUCAACGAAACCAUUCUUCAUUAUUGCUGAAGGGCCGGAAGAGGCAGUAAUUGGUGAGCAAAUUGGCAUCAGGGUAUCCGUUAUGAAUUAUCAAUUUAUCGAAAUAAAGGCUGAAAUUAUUUUGAUGGCUUCCGACGAUUAUAGAUUUGUUCAAGUGGAGCCCAUGGGAAUAGUUUCAUCAUAUAAUCCAAGAACUGGAAGCGGAGAGCUGCAACAUUUAAUCUAUGUUAAACCUGUUAGUCAUGCUUUUGUUCACAUACCGAUAGUUGCGACGAAAAUUGGAGAGAUUCAAGUAACAAUCAUAGGAAGAACACAGGUUGCGAAAGAUGUAGCCGAAAUGACUAUAACUAUUUCUCCAGAUGGUGUACCUGUUCAUAGACACACUUCUUUACUUUUGGAUAUGAGGAAUGAAGCUUAUCUUAUACGUUACUUGGAUGUUAACGUAACAGAAGAUCCUAUAAUUCCUUACGAAGAGACAUAUCGUUAUUACAUUUUUGAUUCACCUAAAGCGAGUGUAUCAAUUAUAGGUGAUGUCGUUGGAGCACCUUUUCCAGAAGAUCCACGAUCGCCAAUAGGUCUUAAGGCAUUAGGAAUGGCUGAUGCUGUCAAAUCGGGUGAUUUUAUCAUGUUCGAUUUUGCUUACACAUUGCUUACACUUCAUUAUCUCAGAAUCACGAAUCAGUUAAAAUCCCAAACAAUGCGUGGCAUGUUGGAAUAUCUCAACAAAGCUUACGUUUAUCAAUCAGUAUUUUAUAAAAAUGGAGCGUAUACUAUGUUUAAGGAUGAACAGCCUAGUUUAUGGUUGACAGCGUUGUGUGUAAGAAUGUUUCAUUUAGCGCAGUAUCCUGAUUGGGAAAACUACUUAUAUAUUGAUCCCGAUAUGCUAUCUCGCUCAGUGGAAUAUAUCUUAAGAUAUCAGACUAGAGAAGGAUCAUUUUAUGAAGUUUAUCCUCAACAAUGGAAUCGGAAAAUGAAUGUUUUGAGUUCCAAUGAUCCAUACAUAAACUACCAAAACAUAUCAUUGACAGCGCAUGUGUUAAUAACACUCACUGCAGUGGCUGAUUUAUCUGGAGACAUUAGGGUAGACAUAUCCAACGCAAAGAAUUCAGCUGUUCGAUACUUGGAAAGAAGAUUACCACAACUCGAUGAUCCUUAUCAAGUUGCCAUAGUUACUUAUGCUCUAUUAGAAGCUGGUAGUGUAGAAUCUGAAAUUGGAUUUAAUAAGUUGGAUAGAUUGAAAAGAGAGAAAGAGGGAAUGGUUUAUUGGAGUCCCGAUGAUAUCGUUUCAUCUGAAAUUCUUUACCAAAAUCAAAGACCCUUUAUUCUUCCUCGUCUUCCGAGUAAAUAUGAUUCCGUAGCUGUAGAGGCUACAGCUUAUGCCUUGUUGGUGUAUGUCAGAUAUAAUGGCAUUAUUACAGAUCAAAUAGUGAAAUGGCUUAAUACUAUGAGGACGACAGAUGAGGGUUUCAUUUCAUCGCAGGAUACUAUAGUUGCAACUGAAGCUUUGAUAGAAUAUUCAUUCAGAACACAUGUUCGAGACAUUACGAGUAUGAAAGUUUCCGUAGAAUCAAGUUCAAAUGCUGGAAAAAUUCAUCAAAUGUCUAUAAUGGUUGACAAUCUUGCUGAAUCAAGAAGAAUAGAAGUAGCUCCUAGAGUUUGGGGUCAUGCUGAAAUAAUAGCUAAAGGAUCUGGGUUAUCAGUCCUUCAGCUGGAUGUUGGAUACAAUGUUGAUAGGGAUUUUCUUCUAAUUCAGCCACCUGUACCUUCAUUUGAUUUGACGGUGAAGGGAUAUUACCAUGGAAGAAAUAAAUCUCACAUGAAUAUUGAGAGCUGUGCUAAAUGGACAUAUACAAAGGAAAGUGAAACAAGUGGUGUUGCUGUGAUGGAAAUUGCAUUACCCACAGGUUAUUUAAUCCAUAAACCAGAUAUGGACACUUACGUCUUUAGCAGAAAAGUGCCAAGACUCAAAAGAGGUCGGGUUUACCCAAAAUCUGCUGUCUUCAUGUUUGAUUACUUAGAUACAUCAUGGUUGUGUGUUAAUUUUACUGUCCAAAGAUGGUAUCCUGUGGCAAAUUUAACAAGAUAUCUCAAAGCUAAGGUGUAUGAUUAUUAUACCCCAGAGAGGUACAAAGAGACUAUAUAUGAAGACUUUGAUUUAUUUGUUUUGAACAUUUGUGAAGUUUGUGGUUCCUAUCAAUGUCCGUAUUGUCCUUACUUCAGUUUUGCUGAAAGAAUUAAUAUGCAAUGGAUAUUAUUACUGACAUUAGCUUCACUGGUUAUAAUUAUAAAUAACAAAAGGCUGUCCUACUAAUAUGCCAAUUCAUUUAAUCAAUUUAUAUUUUUUAUUAAUUGAAUUUAUUGUUUGAGAGUGUUUAUACGCUAAUACGAAAUGUUAUAACUCAUUUUGUUGUCACAAAUAACCUGCAUUUAAUUUUAGUGAGGUACGUUUAAGUACUUUGUAUUAUUUCCUACGUUUAACGUUUGAUUUCCAUCACAUAAACUACCUGUGUUCAUUUUUACUUUGUGAUACAAUUGUAUUAUAAACAUUUGUAAAUACAAUCAUUUUUAUUAUCGCGCUGAACUUAUAACCUCGAUAGAAUUUAUUUUUUAUAAUUAUUUCAUGAAUAAAAUUUAUCAUCUAUUAGAUAUGAUAUGUUAAGCAUGAAUUAAAGUAUUAGCGUUGAUUUAAUAAAACUUGUAUUGAUUUCAUGGAUUUAAAUUACUGAUUGCAAAAAUUUUGCAAAUAUUUAAGUAAAUUAAUAAAAUUCACUGAUAAUUAUUAGAUUUUCAAAUGUGUGUACUCUUUUUCAUUAAGUUUAUAAUAAAUUAUAUUAAACUGUU